GACUAUAAAAAUACAGAUUAUAUGAAUGUAAAAUUAAAUUAAAUUUGUGAUAAACACUAAAGAUCAUUUAUUGUGUAUAAAAAAUAUGUAUGAAGUUUAUGAAACUGUAACCUUUAUUACCAUAAGUCGAUGCUAUAAACAUUCAAUUGUGCUAAAAUUAUUGGUUCUUAAUAGAACAAGUCUCGCAAAUUUCAAUAUUUUAAUUAAAUAGACUAUUCAUUGUAAUUAAUAAUGUUAUUGUUGUAAUUUAAUUUGAGUUUUGUUAUCGAGGCUUUUAAAAAAUAGUUUCUGGUACAAUUUAAAAGCAGCUGCUAUAGGAUUAAAAAUUAUUUUAUAGAUAUGUCAAAGAAAUAUACAAUGCGAAUUGUGUUAUGAACAAAUAAUCAAUCUGAACUAAAAGAAUAACUAAUAAACUUAGCUGAGUUACUUGUUGAAAGUAUAAACUUAAUUAUGAAUAUUUCAAAAGAGAGACCAGUAUAAAUUUUGUAGGAACUAUGUCUUUUAAAUUCUCAACUAGUCCAAUGUUCAAAAAAAUAAUUUUCAUGUUGCCUGUAAGACCUUCAAAAAAUGUUUUGAUGUCAGUUAUUUCCAGCAAAUUUCAUUUGUUUUCAAAGAAUUACAUGAAUGAUUCAUUCAAAAAUUGCUAUGAUAUUAUUAUUGCUGGAGGUGGUAUGGUUGGUUGUGCAAUGGCAUGCAAGUUAGCAAAUGAACCAGCAUUGAAAGGCUUUUCUAUCCUUCUUCUAGAAGGCGGACCGUUUAAAGAGUAUAAAAUAAAUACUGAGGAAAAUAGAGUUUACAGUAAUCGUGUGUCAGCUCUGAGUGAAUCCAGCGUUAAACUAUUAAAAUCAGUUGGAGCUUGGCAAUUUAUUGAAAGCGUAAAUGGUUUUCAUGAAGUUAAAGAAAUGAAAAUAUGGAGUUCUGGAAAACAAAAAAAGGAUAUUAACAAUGUUUUACAUUUUAAAAAUGAGAAAAAUUUAGCAUAUAUUGUUGAAAAUAAUUUUAUUCUUGGAGCACUUUACAGAAAAAUUAAUGAAGAACCAAAUAUUACAGUCAAAUAUAAUUCUAUAGCUAAUAAGUGUGUUUUGACAAAACAAGGAGAGUGUGUAACAGUUAAAAUUGCUGAUGAUAAUCAAUUAUAUGAAACUAGUUUAUUGAUUGGAUCUGAUGGUUUUGGAUCAAAAGUUCGUAAAGCAAUAAGUGGGCAACAUUACUUAAGUUGGGACUAUGGCCAACGUGCAGUGGUAGCAACUGUUCAAAUUAAAAAUACACAACAAUCAAAUGCAAAUGUAGCAUGGCAAAAAUUUGUUCUUCAAGGUCCUGUUGCAUUAUUACCUCUUAAUAAUGAAACUUAUUCACUUGUUUGGACUACUAGUAUUGAGGAAGCAGAACAUUUAGUGCAAUCUAGUGAUGAUGAGUUUAUAUCGGCAUUAAAUACAAUUUUAUCGGAAGAAGAAUUAAAUAAUUAUAAUUCUGUUAUUGUCGAUGAUUUGAACAAGAUAAUGUCUAAGCUUAUGAAUAAAUUUUUACUCACAAAUGAUGAAUGCCAAAAUAAUAAUUUUUCUAUACCUCUAAUAUUGGGAGUUGCAAAAAAUAGUAGAGCAUCAUUUCCUCUUGGUUUUGGUCAUGCAUGUCGUUAUGUUGGCCAGCGCAUUGCUAUAAUUGGUGAUGCAGCUCAUAGAGUACAUCCACUAGCUGGACAAGGUGUCAAUUUAGGCUUUAAUGAUGUUAGUGAACUGAGCAAUCAGCUGAACAAAUCAUUAUUAGUAGGCGCUGAAAUUGGGGAUGAAAACGCACUUUUGCAGUAUGAAAGUAAUGCUCAAGCACAAAAUAUCCCUAUUAUGAUAGGAAUUGAUGGAAUCCAAAAAAUAUAUGGAAGUCAUAACAGUUUAAUACCAAAUUCAAUUUUAACUUUUGGUCGGAAUUUGGGUCUAACAUUUUGCCAAUCUGCUUCCUUAUUAAAAAAGAUUCUGACUCGCAAAGCUUCUGGAUUGCCAACAUAAUUUAUCAAAGUUUUCAUUAAUUAUAAUAAUUCUGAUAAUAUUAGUAUUAUAAAUAGUUGAUAAUUCUAAUACUAAAUAUAUAUUUCUUUAGUACAAAAA